AUGUCAUCUACAUUGAUCACCACACGCCUCAAGCUUCCUAAGCGGACUAGGGUCAACGUAUGCCAAUCCAAGAAAGGCUGUUUCACUUGCAAGGCACGUCGCGUCAAGUGUGAUGAAGCAAAACCUAGCUGCCUAAUGUGCCAGAGAGUAGGCAAACUCUGCCAAGGUUACAGCUCGUCUACUUCUCAGGACUCCGCCAUCUUGAUCAACAAACAUCCACCAUCAAAUGGAAGUGUGGCAAACGGCCUUCUUCUCGACCUAAACAAAGAUACUGGAUCGUCGCAGCAUCUUCGUCUUGGCUCUCAAGUGCUUCUGCGGGAUCUGUACGGCACGUUGAUGCUGAAUGGAGAUUCUGUCUGCCUAGAUGUCUUGCCUCAGUUUACUCUACUCAAUGAUGCUGUCGCGCGAGCAGUGGCUACCUUCGGCGCCGUCUAUGAGGCUGUUUUUAUCUUGAGGUCGCAGCGCGGCCUAUUAUCUGCGUCUGCACAUUACACUAAAGCUCUUGCUUCAUUGUAUGAUGAUUUAGCAGCAAGAAAAGAUGGACCAGUGCCGGCAUUCCUGGCCAGCAUCAUUUUGGCAGCUUCUCAGGUUUUAGUGCAACAUUAUACCGACUCCUUGGCGCAUAUAAGGGGAGCUUUCACAGUACUAAACAACUUUAUAUCUCCUCCAGGCGCCAUCGGGGCCAGCUCUCGAGGUAUCGCGAGCCUCCCUCUGUCCAAGACCAUCGAAGAUAGACUUUAUAUCUUCGCACAGUCUCUAGAUGUCCUAAUAGCAUGCUACGUUCUCCACAGGGCUCCAACACUCCCGGCUUCUUUCAAUGCAGACAUACUGAAUGAACCUUCCUGUACCAGUCAUCCUCAGAAUGCCUCUGUCUCCCUGCAGACAUUGAUCCACCACUGCUACCACGUUGCGAACCAAGCAUCGCCUUUCAAGUAUCAAUCUACCUCCAAACAUCCUGCGCAGGUCGUUGACCAACAGAGGCGAUGCAUAGCCUAUUUGAACCAAUGGCUCAUCAAGUGCGACAUGGACAGGCAAAAGUGGGCCAAAGAAUCCGCACACAACCAGUCCCACAAUCUCUACCUGCUUCUCCGGGUUCAAUGCCUGAGCACGCUGAUAUAUCUAUCGACCAUCCUGAGUCCUCAUGAAAUGGCGUACGACUCCUAUUCAGUGUAUUUCGAACAGAUCAUAGACUGCGCUUCACAAAUCUUCCAGAGCCUUUCCACCAAAUUGUCCACACGAUCCCAUUGUCCAUUUCGGCUGCAACCUGGACUUGGCCAAGCUCUGUUUCUGACCAGCCUGAAGCACCGGAAUCCCAGUCAACGUCGCAUCGCCAUUUCAUUACUCUCUCAGACUGGGAUCGAGGGGCCCUGGAACUCUGCCAUCCUCUGCCAGGUGGCUCGACGGGCCGUAGAGAUCGAAGAAUCAGCAUCGUUUCCUGAUCCUGAUUCUGAUAUGGUCGGAACAGCCCACCGUCAUUAUACCGAAGACAAGAAUUUCAACCGCAAGAUCCCGGAGCGCUAUCGUUUGAAUGGCUGUGGCAUGAACUCUGAAGCUGGCAACAUGGAAGCCAAUAAACCCGUCAUGGUGGACUUUAGUCUGUGCAACGAUAUGGAGGCCAUGAUCCAAUCAUCAGACUUUGAAGAUCCUAGACACUGGACAAUAUGGAGGGAAUCAUUGGAGGUUUGCAGUCGCUUUUUUGAAUAA